AUGCCUCUCUUUGCGCAGGAUGCACAGAAUCACAGCACUGUCCCUGUCUUUUCCGUUGCCGGCAACACCUCACUCAGGCCACGCCUAUUCUCGCACAGCAUGCACAGAAUCACGGCACUGUGCGAGCUCACGAUUGACAACAACUCAGAGACGUACCGGCCGCGCGUGGACCUGAUACCGGUACUGCACGCGUACCUUGCGUUGCCACGCAACCUCGGCGCGCUUGGGUGGGCCAUGACGCUGAACGCAUUCGGCGAGCGCCUGACUUCCUAA